UUUAUGUUUUCUGUCUACUCGUUGUAUUAUUUCUGCUGUUUGCCAGGUUGGAAGGAGUGGAAUUAGACUUCUGAUUUCCGGGCAGAGGAUGAGGAAAUGGCGAUGGAGCAGGCAGCUGACCGCGUCUACAUGGCAGCCCGUCUUUUUGUGCGUCUUUUCAACCAGCGCGGGGCGUCCUUACAGCAUCGCAUCCUGGAGCUUUUGGCUAUGGCGGACGCCGCGGAUGAGUUCCAUAAGAAGACGGUGUCGGCCGCUGUGGGCGGAGGCGUGGCCAGCGUCGCGGGUAGCGUCACCACAAUCACAGGCCUCAUUCUGGCGCCUUUCACUUUUGGCGCCUCUAUUAUUGUGACAGCAGUGGGGAUCGGUGUGGCGACGGCAGGCAGCAUCAC